AUAGAGAAAAAAAAAUCUCGACGAAGAAAAAAAAAAUAGAAGGACAAAGUAUAGAGCCGAGCUAGGGUUUGCUCAAUUUUGUGCCAAGGGAAGAUCGAAACAGGAGCUAAUGUCGGAUAGUUACUGGAAUCGUCAGCAGCCAACUACCCCGAUGCUGUCAUCAGGUGGGAUGCUUAAACGACCUCGUACUGACUACGAACCCCCACCUUCUGGGUUGCAUCCAGCUCAUGAGAGGCACAAUAAUCUAGUAAGAGAUGAUGAUCAAAGUGGACUUCUGUCUGUGAAAGAUACAGAAACAAUUGGAUCGGCAUAUGAUCGUUAUCUCCAGAGUGCGCAACUUUCUUCUUUUACUUCUGGAGAAGCUAGUGCAUUUGGUGGGCUGGGAAGGGCAGCUGCCGGUACAAUGCCUUCUCAUCCAAUGGCUGAUCCUCCUGUGAUGGGUCGUCCUGCAUCUGCUGCUCCAGAUCUAGCACUAAAUGGUCGAAAUGUUGGUUUUGGCAGUCAAUUUCCCAUGGACCCCAUGUCAAAGCUUGGUCGGGAUACCGUACCUCUACCUCCUGAUGCGUCCAAUACUCUAUUUGUUGAGGGACUUCCUCCUGACAGCACAAGGAGGGAAGUAGCUCAUAUCUUUCGCCCUUUUGUGGGAUAUAAAGAAGUACGACUAGUGAGCAAAGAAUACAAACACCGUGGUGGAGAUCCUAUUAUCCUUUGUUUUGUUGAUUUUUCAACUCCUGCCUGUGCAGCAACUGCAAUGAGUGCCUUGCAAGGUUAUAAAAUUGAUGAACAUGAUCCCGAUUCUAAUUACUUGAAGUUGCAGUUUUCCCGGAACCCAGGUCCACGUUCAGGUCCAGGUUAUGGAGUUUGCGGAAGGAGGUGAAUGUCACUUGAAACAACUAUGCUAUUACAUGCAAAGCCAUUUUAAGGUAAUUUUUCUCAUUUAAAUUGCUAAAUCCUGCUAACUAUUGGAGCUAGAGAUUCACAAAAACGUUUAGGAGAGAGGAUCAAGCAAUUGCUUACACGUUUCUGGAACCUGUGUUGUACAAUAACUUCUAGAUAAAAU